GCGCCCCGCGGCCGGCGGGCGGCGGGCGGCGGCGGACCGAGAGCCGGAGACCGGCGCCGCGGGACGGAAGCGAGCGGGCGCGGGCGCCGCGCAGAUGGCCGGGGCGAGCAAGGUCUGAGGCUCCGCUCCCCGAAACGUGACCAUGUGGAUUCAACAGCUUUUAGGACUCAGUUCCAUGUCCAUCCGCUGGCCGGGCUGCUCCCUAGGAAGCCAUGCUUGGAUACUUAUAGCCAUGUUCCAGCUCGCCAUGGAUCUGCCCUCGUGUGAGUCCCUCGGCCCGGGCCCCGACUUCCGGCUCCUGCCCCGGCCGCCGCAGCGGCCACCGCGGCUGUGGAGUUUGAAGAGCGGACAGGCGGCGCGCCUCUCUGUGCCCGUGUGGAGCCCGCGCCCGGCCCGCGUGGAGCGCAGCCACGGGCAGGUGCCGAGUCCGCGUGCCAAACGGGCACACAGACCCAGGGACCAGGUGGCCGCCCUGGCGCCCAGAGCGGGGCUCGCCAAGCCCCCAGCUGCUGCCAAAUCCAGCCCUUCCCUGGGCUCCUCCUCCUCGUCCCCGUCCCCCGCGGCGGGUAGCGGGGCCACCACGGACCCGCAGGCCCUCCUGCGGAGGGAGAAGAGGCACCUGCAGGGGGCCGGCUCCAGCGGUUUUGAUUUCCGGGGCAGCAGGCCCACCACAGAGACGGAGUUCAUCGCCUGGGGGCCCACGGGGGAGGAGGAGGCCCCGGAAUCCAACACAUUCCCAGGGCUUUAUGGCCCCACCACGGCCUCCACCUCACAGACACGGAAGACAACGGUGGCCACCGCCACCACCACCGCCACAGCCACCACGGCCACCUCCACUACGCUGCAGACUAAGGGGGUCACGGAGCCCCUGGGCCCCAGGAAUAGGAUCCCGAUUGGGGUUAGCACAACAGAGCCUUCCACCAGUCCCAGCAAAGACGACGGCGAAGACGGCAAGCCCCCGCGGAUUCUGGGGGAGACCUCAGGUCUGGCUGUCCAUCAGAUUAUCACCAUCACUGUCUCCCUCAUCAUGGUCAUAGCUGCUCUGAUUACAACUCUUGUCUUAAAAAACUGCUGCGCCCAAAGCGGGAACACGCGUCGGAACAGCCACCAGCGGAAGGUCAACCAGCAGGAGGAGAGCUGCCAGAACUUGACGGACUUCACCCCCGCCCGGGUGCCCAGCAGCCUGGACAUCUUCACGGCCUAUAAUGAGACCCUGCAGUGCUCCCACGAGUGUGUCCGGGCGUCCGUGCCCAUGUACACCGACGAGACGCUACACCCGACAGCCGAGUACAAAUCCACGUUUAACGGGAACCGACCCUCCUCCUCUGAUCGGCACCUUAUUCCUGUGGCCUUUGUGUCUGAGAAAUGGUUUGAAAUCUCCUGCUGACUGGCCGAAGUCUUGUUUACCUCCUGGGGGCAGGGCAGACGCCACGUGUCUGUAUCAUGGAUUCCGUUGGUGAACCUGUAAAAAAAAUUUAAAAAAAAAAAUUUAAAAAAUUAAAAAAAAUUAAACACACACACACACACACACACACAGAGACAAAACCUAAUCUAGACUCUCUACGGGGAGGGUCCCCAUGCCUACCGCUUCAGUUUGCCGGUGGGGAGCUCAAAGAGCAGGACGCUAUAGGCCAAAUAUAUUUUUAUAAAAAUGCUCACGCCUAUGGGGGAACUGCCUUCUGCCAGAGUUGUCUUUGGAGGACAGAGAAGAAAAGCAAGAAAGCAGCGGCAGACGGAGAAGAAAGGCCAACAGGAAGCUCCUGGAGCCUGGGAUUUGGACUGAUUCUGAACCUUUGCCAAUAAUACCAUUAUGUGCCAUGUAGUGACCCGAAGGACUUGGUGACCGCAGCGAAGCCAAGUGAACCACGUGUAGAAACCUGACCGCAACAGGGGGCGGGAAUCUUCCAAUAGAGUUGCUAUUUCUGGUUAAUAUACAUAUAUAAAUAUUAAAUACACCAGACACACACACACACACACUUUUUUUGUACUGUAGCAAUUUUUGAAGACCUUCAAUGUUCCUUUUUAAAAAAAAAAAUGUUAUCGGUUCCAGAACCUGGUUUAUUUACCAUGCUUAGUAUGAACAGAAUAAACUGCUGUUUUCUACUUUGGCAACAUAUCACACACACAGGCACACGCACACGCGGGCCCACACGCGUGCGCACACGCACACACGCAUAGAGACGCCGACACUGGAAACGCGGUUCCACGAGUGAGCAUACCCCCUCCGGUGACCCGGCCUCCCGUUGCCGCCCGUCCCCGGGGACAGCCGGGACCGCGCAGACCGACCCCUCCCAACACCCUACCUUGGCUGGUAUCUGGUGAGUGGCUCUAGAUGCAGGCUUUCUUGUCUCAAGCCAGAGUCGAGAAUGCCAUGGUUGUACAGACCUGCAUGUAGGGAGAGAGAGAGAGAGAUGCGUGAACGUGACCUUGUUUUUUUUUCUCAUUGAGUUGUUUGAAGGAGCUACUCACAGCCACGCACACGUGUACGUACGUGGUCGGCUGCUUACAGAUGGGCCGAGCAUCAGCCCGGGCGGGGGGCGGAUUCUUAACCAUCCUUGUGUUACACAAGCGUAGACCGAAUUAAAGAAAAUUUUCCAGUUCCACAAAUUAAAGGAAUCUAUCCUUAGAAUGUGUGUGCGUAUGUCAGAACAGAACUCAGACAUCUACGAGGGCCCCCGUUGGUUGGAAAACGAGAAAGAAAUCCGUGUGCCAAGGAUCCAGGCUACUCCCACGGGGGCCGUGCCCUGGAGCGCACCCCACAUUUGUUUCACGCAUGUUGGGGGACAGGUCGCUGCUCUUUCUAGAGCCUAAGCACGGCCUGCAAUCUUGGUGAGGACUGGUGCAAAGACGCUGUCUCUCGCUCGUGCUGGUUGGCCAACAUCUGUGUUUUUGCCAUCAAGAAUCCUACAGUGGGGUUUCCCAGUGGAAAGAGGGGCUCGAGGCUGAAGCCUCGGGGAGAGGAUCACGAACCCAUGGGAUUCGUGAGAAACACUGCCAUGUUUGGGGAGCACAGCUCCCUCCCCAGUGGUGCCCCAGUGCCCCAUUGUGCCCUGGGAGUGACGGGAGGCUCCGUUGGAUGCUGUUUUCUCCUCACGGGGAUCCCAAAUUCGAUGCCUGUGGCCUGCCCUCUAUGAAUGGCCCGCGGGUGAUGGUGAUUUCACCAGGAGGUUGUGUGAACCCAUCUCGUGAAAUGCCCCGUAGACCAGGUCAGAACGUUGCCGGUCAGGUGGGCAGCUAAGCUCGUGCCUCCGUACUGGCCAGGCUGGUGACCCCUUUCUUCCAUCAGGCUCAGUCUCCCUGUGCAACACCUUGAAAUAUGCUUCCACAUCUCUUGGAAUGUGGGAGACCAAGUGAGUCCAGGGGAGGAAGGAACCGUAGUGCUAGGUCUGUAUUGUUGGGAAUCGCCCGCCACGUGGGGAAGCCCCAUUUGGGGGCUGGGUUUGGUUUUGUCGCUUUCCCCCAAAGCUCCGGCACACGCCUGCUGCUGGCGUCUCCGGUUUCCGGGGCUCACCUGCAUGGCGCUGGAAGGCACACCUCUCUCCAUCGGUCACCCCGUUCAUCCAUCUCAUUCCCUGCGGGUUUUUGGAGGUGGCGCAGGGGCCUUCCUGACUCAGGUGGGCGCAGCUCGGUGUGAGUGCAAGGCAAGGGCUGUUGGUGCCCGCCGGGGCAACAGAAGCUGCGCUCUGCUCCCCAACACCCUGAGUUCCAGGGAGCCUGGCUGAGGAGGAGGUGGCAGCAGGGGGCCUGUUUGUUUACCGGCAGCAGGAACCUGGGAUUCCUGAUAAAGCCACAGUUUGGUGCCCACACCUCCUGUCGGACUGCUGCUCAGCCCCUUCCUCGGGCCUCGGGCUGCACUCCCGACACCUGAACUCUUUCCAGAGCACCACAGGAUGCCCAGCUUUCGAAGGAUGCUUAGAGUCACCAAGUCCCCCAGACACACACAGCCCCCUGGGCCGGCUCUCCGGGCCACACACACAGCCGACAGGGGCCCACACGUUUCCCACCUGGGAGUCUGCUUGCAGUUCACAUCUGUCAGAACAAAUCCAUCUCGGGGAAGGCUAGUGUUCCAGGAUGCUCGACGGAGUGUGUGCAUGUAGGGAUUUUGGUUUUUCCAUGGUCCCCGAGAAAUGUGGAAGCACCAGCUCUGCACAGGGGCUGGUCAAGGAAGGCGUGCAGGCGUAGGAAUUCCGCUCUGCCCGUGAGAACGUCCGUAACGUGAGAUCGUACAGGCGUUCCCAGAGUCAGGCCCUGUGCACGACGCUGUGUG